AAAUACCUGAACAACUUCGAUCUGGAGAAACUCACGCACGAGAUGAAGAAUAUCAAGGAUAGCAAGGAGGCCGAGAAGUUCCUUCUCAAGCACGGCUCUGGUGUGUUGAACAUACUAGGGGAGGAAGUGGAUAGGAUCGAGAUGCGCAUUCAGCAGGCGGCUCCUGAAGUGCGGCAUGUGGACCUAGAGAUUCUGUAG